ACCACCCCCAACCUCCCCUCUGAAUAGUGAGUCUCACGCGCAGACAGACGCGUCUCAUAUGCGCACAUAGUCACAGACAGACCUGACCCGGACAUUAUCCCACGCGCCUGCACGCACGCACACGCGCACACACAUUACACACGCACACGCACAUAAUAUGCAUACAUAAUCUUAUGGACAUAACCCUCCCAUCCUCACCCCACCCCCCCCAAAAUCUGAUGACUCCCCGGAGUAGAGGUGGACGUGGUACGGAACCGGCUGAAGCUUCAUCAUCAUCAUCGUCCUCAACGCUGCCACUGUCAUCAUCACCAACCUCCUCCUCCUCUUCCUCGCCAUCACCAUGUCCUCGUCGUCGCGCAAGAUCUCCUCCGAGUCGUUCAGCAGCUCGGUGGGCUCGGACUGCGGGCUCGAGAGCCCCGGCGGGGACGCGGGGGACGGCGGUCCGGAGCCGGGGGAGGAGAGCCGCGGCUGCCCCUUCUCCUCCUUCCACUCUGCCCCCAGAGCGGUGAUCUGGAACGGCCGUAGCCUCGCCGAGAGGCCGGCGUGCCCGGCGGGCGAGCAGCAGCAGCAGGGACCCGGCGGGCCGCACAAGAGGGUGACCAGGAGGAGACGGGUGAACCUGGACUCGCUGGGGGAGAGCCUCCGCCGGCUGACCUCACCCACGACGCAGAUGGUUCAGGAAGCUCUGCAGAGAACUCUACAAUUCUACAGACAACAAGAGAUCAGGUGUCAGGAGGUCUGCAGUGAUGAGCGGCGACGAGAGAAGAGAGAGGAGAAGUGCCCGUUUCUAGAAAACUCGGGUUCAGAGGAAGAUGUCUUACAAAUCCUACAGUACAUGGCAACCAUACUGGGAUUACCAUACUGUGAGCUGCGGGAACAUUUCGGAGAGGAGUUCUUCAGCCUCUGCUUUGAGGAAAAUGAACGAGUGCUACGGGCUGUAGGUGGUAACCUCCAGGAUUUCUUCAACGGCUUUGACGCCAUUUUAGAACACAUUCGAACCUCCACAGGACGUCGGGCCUCAUCGGAGAGCCCCUCCUUCCAGUGCAAGGAUCCCCAUGAGGAGGAGAAAGGGAGAAGAAAGUUGGACCAUGUUGGAGAGCGAGGAGAUGGACAGGGAAAGAUGUUGCUCCUUCACUGUUUCAACCCAGCUCCUGUUGUUGGAUUGGUCAUGCCAGGGUUGAUCAGAGCAGUUGCCAGGCGGAUCUUUCAUUCAGAGGUUGAGGUGGAGGAAGUGCCACCACUAACUCCUUUAUUGCCCAAUGAAGAUACAGAACACACCGACGGCGACUCUACAACCCCGACUCCAACUGCGUCCCCCACUGCCUCACCCACCUCGUCUCCGUCCCCUCCCUCCCCUUUUGCAACCUCUGUCCCCACAGUGUGUUUGUCCUUCCAAAUCCAAGAGACACACCCUCCUUCCCUGUCCUCCCUCCCCAAUGCUGCUUCAGUGAGCAGGCCUCCCCUCUCUCUGUCCACCAACCCCAGCGACCUGCGCAUCGGCCUGGCCACGUUCUGCCGUGCCUUUCCGUUCCACCUCGUCCUGGGGCCUCGCAUGGAGCUACUGCAGCUUGGAGAAGGACUGAGGCGACAGGCUCGCAUAGAGCCUCACCGGAACCUCUCGUUCAGGGAAUGUUUUGAGAUUGUUUCGCCCAAGAUGGAGCCUUUGUUCCAGGGCAUCCUGCUGAGGCUUGCCUCCCCGUUUACCAUCCGCACCAGGCCUGACGCCUCACAGACUGGUACCAAGGAGAAGGUCAUGGAACUGAAGGGUCAGAUGAUCCACGUGCCGGAGUCCUGCUCGCUGAUGUUUCUGGGCUCGCCACGUGUCGAUAAGUUGGAGGAACUGAUGGGCAGGGGCCUCUAUCUGUCAGAUAUCCCCAUCCAUGAUGCCACACGGGACGUUAUCCUGGUGGGGGAGCAGGCUAAAGCCCAGGAUGGACUAAAGAAGAGAAUGGACAAACUUAAGGCCACAUUAGAACGAACUCACCAGGCGCUGGAGGAGGAGAAGAGGAGAACCGUGGAUCUCCUUUACUCCAUAUUUCCAGGUGACGUGGCACAGAAACUGUGGCAGGGUCAGCCAGUGCCCGCUCGCAAAUUCGAUGAUGUCACCAUGCUGUUCUCGGACAUCGUGGGCUUUACUGCCGUGUGCGCCCAGUGCACGCCCAUGCAGGUCAUCUCCAUGCUGAACGAGCUUUACACACGCUUCGACUACCAAUGCGGCAUUCUGGAUGUUUAUAAGAUCGAGACAAUAGGUGACGCGUACUGUGUUGCAGUAGGACUUCACAAGAAGGUCGACAGUCAUGCCAAACCAAUCGCACACAUGGCCCUGAAGAUGAUGGAACUUUCCGAGGAAGUGCUGACACCCGACGGGAAACCCAUCAAGCUGAGGAUAGGUAUCCACACAGGCUCAGUGCUGGCAGGUGUGGUCGGGGUUAAAAUGCCACGUUACUGCCUGUUUGGGAACAAUGUGACACUUGCCAGCAAGUUUGAAUCGGGGAGCCAUCCGAGGUGUAUCAAUGUUAGUCCCACAACUUACCAGUUGCUGAAGGAUGACCAUUCUUUUUCGUUCAUCCCUCGCUCACGAUUGGAGCUCCCUGAUAAUUUUCCCAAAGAGAUCCCAGGGAUGUGUUACUUCCUGGAGGCAGGGACGUCUCACAGCCAUGCGUCGUUGACCAGCUCCCGCUCUGCUCCCCCAGCCUCUAUGAGGAAAGUCUCCUACAGUAUCGGGACCAUGUUUCUAAGAGAAACAAGUUUGUAGGCCUCGUACACAGACUGGGAUGCGCAGGUAUUCAGUAUGCGAGAGGCUGGAUUUGGACCUGGGGAACACGCAGCGGAUCGAUCGCUCGGAUCUUUGGAUAUGCAAUAUGCAUUACAUAAAGACUUGGAUUAAGGCCUGUGGGACGGCCUGUGUGAAACCUUAAAAAAACAUGCCCUCAUAUCCCCCUGUGAGAGGGAGACAUGGUUCAAAAUACUUGAGUCACAGCAACAUGGAGCCUUCCCCAGGGAAGUGUACUGAUUAGUGGAGAAACCUUAAAAUAAAACUUGAUAUCCAGCUGGAUUCCUCAGCUUCAUGUGUGGUGUCCAGCUCUCUCCAGUGGUCCUCUCUCCUAAAUGCGACCAUUACUUGGAUCUAAAGCUUGGAAAAAACCUGGAGAGAGACCAUUUACAUGACCAGUGUUGCAAUCAUUAACGUUGGAAUUGCGCAAGUAGAACAAAUCCAGUCUCCGUUAACAAAGUGGACACUGAGGAACGAAGUUGUUCGAACUCAUGGUAGAUAACAACAUGGCUUCUUGUAUGAGGAUGACCACUGCUGACGAACACUACAGCUCCCCUUACUCGCCUUCCAACUGUCCGGAAAUCAUGUCAUGCUUUACUAAACACGCUCCUAACAUCUGCUGCUUGUAACACCCAUCCGCCCACCUCGGACCAGUUGGUCGGGCGGAGAGAGACUAAUGAGAGGCACAAUUAAGGAGAUAGAUUUGAAAAGGGGUCAUUAAAGGAUAAAUGCCAAAAAAACACAAAAAAAACAAAAGCUGAUCUUAAGAGCCUUUUCUGCUUCUAACCCACAGCAAACUGUAACCAACAAUGAUCCAGCCAUUUCAUUGCAGGUAAUAUGUUUAGGACUGAAAUUUAUUCCCAGCUCAGUGCCUUUUUACUGCUCAAAUCAGGACAAAAACAAUAUGGAUUCAUUUGAAAUAUUUGAAAAGGAAAAAAGAAGACGGAGCGCUUCAUAUAUCUUGCGGUUCCCAGAUAGCGCAUCUGUGUGUCAUUAGCUACACAGGAGAGUCAUGGAUUUGUAUGAGAGAAUGUUACGUGCCAAAGUUUAUGAGCCACAUUUAAACCCUUGAUCUUGCAAGUCACUGGUACCUUAUCCCAGCAACCUACCGGGAAUCCCAACAAGCUGUGCAUUUUAUUUUGACACAGUCAUUGUUACUAUUAUUGACUAGCAACAUAAAUCAAGCGCUCCUCGAAGUGAUCAAAUAUUUGAAAUUCGAUCCAUCUGUUUUAAUCCAGAUCAACCAAUAAUAAACACAAUAUAGUACUAAUAAUACAGUACUAUACUAACUUGUACAUGUAGUCACAGUAUGCACGCUUGACACGGUUCACAUUUACAUAUAUAAUCUUUUUUAAUUGCAUUGUUUUUUACCACAUGGAUACAAAAAAAGCAUAUACUAGCCCCUUGCAAAUAUAACAGGAUUCAAAAUUCAAGUCUACUGGUUUAUUGGUAGACUGAAGAUGACUUACUCACCAUGGAAAUCACAGGCUUUUCAAAUGCUUCAGCGUAGCUAAGUAUCCGACACACUGGAAAAAAAAAUUCAAGUUUUUGAAGGGUUAAAGUUGUCUUUGAAUAUUUUACCGAAUUGCCCACUUGGGUAAAUAUUUGAUGUAACUUGCAUUACAUUGCUGCCAGUGUUGUCCAAAAGUGAAGUACAAAUCAAAUUUCAAUACCAGAGUUCGAAUGAGUGGCAGUUUACAAGCUGACAGAAAGUAAUAUUACAUUUUUAAAUGUUAAAUGAAAUGUUUAUAUCAUCAAAAGAGGUACACAGAGAGUUUUGAACAUAACCUAAAUCGAACUUGUUGUUGAUGACUAAAUCAUAAUAAUAAUAAUAAUAGAUAGAUAAAUAUUUAAUUAAUUCAAAUAAUUGUUUAAAAUGGCAAAAUACACUUUUGAGAGUGUGAAACAUGAAGAACACGUUGCCAUUUCACUACAUUUUGCCAAACUACGUGCUGGUUGCUGAGACUCCAAAAGAUGUCAUGUAAUGUGCCAGUUGAAUUCUGAGAUCACAUCAGCAGCUUUUUCAGUAAAGGUUCGGUUCCCACUGCCUGUUUGAGACGUUGCGGUAGUGAAACACUUUGUCAACUCACUGAUCCGAGGUAGCAAAAUGAUCAUUGCUUGCUAGCUUAACACAUCUUAGCAGGAAAAUAUCAGACAGGUAAUUUACUUCUGACACAAAAACUAAACUAAAGAGCAUUGUGUCCGCGAACUGAGACUGACACCAGCACUACAAUUUGCCGUAUAAGAGGAAAUUGUAGGGGAAAUAGAAAAGUCAAAAUGAUCUGCCAUUGUGAGAAACCUAUGAUGGAGUAUAAGGGUCACUUAAAAAGAAAGAAAUUCAGAUUUUUUGAGAAUCAAGCCAUGAUAUUAUGAGAAUAAAGUUGUUAUAUAACGAGAAAUCUAAAUGCGUAAUUUUACUGUAUAGUUGUUAUAUUACGAGGAUAAAGUGAUACUAUAAUGAGAAUAAUGUUGUAAGAGAGAUACAUAGAUGGAAAUCUAGGCUUUACUCUCAUAAUAUUAUGACUUUCUCAUAAAAAAUUACAUCUAUAUUACUUUACUCUCUUAGUAUUAGGACUUUAUUUUUCUUGUAAUAUUACAACUAUAUUCUCAUAAUGUUAUUACUUUAUUUUUCGUUGUAUUACUACAUUAUUUUCUCAUUUUUGGUUCUUCGAUAUGGCCCUAACACUCCAUCAUGGAACCAGAAGUUGGUUCACUAUUGAUUAGAUCAGAAGAAUUAGAUUUAUUUAGCAGAUAGCAUCAAACAGUAGCAUCAAAAACACUUUCACUUUUACAUCACAUGUUCUUUGAAGAUCUUGCUAGCAAUGAAAACAGACAGUUUUGCUAACAAAGAAAACAAAUAUAUUUUUGAGAAUAUUUUUUCAUAUACCCCAUACUUACUCAUAUUCCCAUAAACAAAAAUAAGUCAAUCCAAUAUUUAGUUUAGUUUCCUAUGGCUUAAAGUAUACUAUGCAUUAUAGAAUUAACAAUGGACAAGUCAAUAAAUGCACCUGAAGAUAAAUCCAGUCAGUCUUUAGCCUAAAUUUAUCAGGAAUUGUGACAGAAAUAAAAUGCGUGCAUUACCUCUUAACCAGGUUCCAUUGUUUUGUGGGCCAACCUUGACAUAUUAAGCCAAGGGAUUGAAUCUAUCAGCAUCUCAGAAAAAAAACUAAUGCUUUGUGGGUGUUGCGAAGCCCAUGGUAAGCAACGGCUAAACACGUCCAGAAUCCAGAAAAGAAAUCCAGCUAGCUACCGAGGAAACUGAGAAUGGAUCGUCCGUGUCUCAUGCACAUAACCUGUUUCACAACCAUAUUAAAAGAAGGUGUAGCUGCAGGAGGUAUAUUUUUGGGCCAGUGACGUCUGUGCAUACAAUGCUUGUGUGCUCUGAAAAAUGUUACGCUGCGGAAAAAGGAUGACAUUUUUUGUGUACACCCAGUUGUCGUGUUUACUUCACUGCGGAUCAGAGCUGAGGCCAUCUGGCUUCAUAAACCUGAAGGUCUUUACAUAGUUGUUUGCUGCAAUAUUUAAAAUCUUGUAUAUAUAACCUUUAAAGACAAGUGGCAACUCAGAACUUAAAUCAGUAGAUUAUUUUUAGUGGAGGCUCCAUGUGAUGAAAGCAGCAUCAUUUUGUUCACAUUUGAAUCCUUUGCAGCAACAGAGACAAGUUCCUGAGACCAAAACGUUCAGUAACAUUUAUACUUUUUGUGGUAAUAUAGAGAACCAGAAUUUGCAACACCCACCUGUGACAUCAAAAGUAGCUGAUCGUAAGGUAAUAGAAUAAUUGCCCCUUAUUAAUGUGGAUUACACCAGAAAUACAUGGUAGGUAGCAAUUGGACAUUAUUUGUGGAAGAUGCACAGCAACAGAGCCUCAUAUUACAGUGUUCAACAUCCACAUACUCAAGAAAAGAAUAGUUAUUAUACAAGAUUAUUGAAGAAUGAUGAGUACGUGCCAGUUAAUGAUGGUCAAUCAUGACCACAGUGUGAACAGUGAUUGCCAUCGUUGCUAUAUUUGGCUGCCAUUAAAAGCCUUGAAUUAAAUGAACAUUUUCAUAAACAAUUGCAAAACAUGUUAAAUAUACUGUGGGAAAAUGGAGCAUGGGCACUACUAUUUUCUUCUGUCCGACAGAAAGGGCAGAAUUUCCUGAAGGUCCUAACACAGUGGAGUAGGUGAAGCAGUCUUAAGUGUAUUUGACAGUUGAGCCUGCGGGGUUGGUCUUUUUUCCAAGGGAUGAUUUCCCAUAUAGAGUGUGCUCUCCAGCUGUCACCCUGGUACCAUUCUACACAGCAUACAUGCAUUAAUGUGUACGUAAUAAAUCUGCUGUAGCAUAAAUCUAGUGCAGGUGUCAUUUACACUCAACUUCAGCUGGUGUCUGAUUUCUGCAUCUAGGCUAAAUAAAGGAUGUUACAGCAGCGUUACGCCCACUCAACUUGUGUCCAAUGCUCAUGUCUCCAAGUGUGUAAAAAUCCUGGCGUAAGAUUAGACAUUUGGUCAAAGCUUUCACGUCUUGCUGAUGCGAAGGUGAUGCAGUUACUGGUUCUCUGCAGUGUUGUCAGUCAUGGACCAUUACACUGCAGUCUGAACUGUAAUUCAUACACAGGCACACAUCGCAGUUACAGUGGCAAUACAACCAAGCUAUGCUGUCGAAACUUUGUCAAACACAAACGUUGUCGUUAGCCUGUCGUGAGUGGGGGCGGGCCCAGUGUCGAUUUAGAUGAAGCCAUAAGUGCAGAAACUCUGUGUGUGUGUGUCAAACACUAUAAGAACCAUAGACUGUGAAUAAAGAUGGACGACACAACAGCUGCCGCCUUAAAGCUGGCUGCAUAAAUCCUGCCUCCUCCAUGUUGGCGGAUGGGACACGUUAGUCAUAGUCAUAGUUAUUUGAUGCUAUAAAAACUAUAGUUUUUUUUUUUCUAUCUUUAUUCAAGAGCACGCUCUCUCUGUUUGAGAACAGGACUUUUUCACGUACAGAUUUUGUAACGCUCUCACUCAAACCCCUGUGCUUGCACUCAAAUAUAUCCUGCUUGUUCUUAGAUUUCCUGCACUCCAGCUCCAGCUCCCCGUGCUCACGCUGCAUCUGUGCGAGCGUGAAACAUCUGCUCUCGGAUUUCUGCUCCGCUCUUUGAUAUUUUUUCUUGUGCGCUUUGAAUUUAUUUUGAGUUUUGAGUGAAAGCAUUGCAAAAUCUGAAGGUGAAAUCAAUAAGUCCUGCUCUCAAAUUGAAAAUCAAUAUGAAAUGUCAUGAUUGACUCCAUCAGUCAAUUGUUACUGUGCAGACUCUGGCUCCAAAUGGGCUAGUAACCAGGAUAAUUUGGCUUUAUUUGUGGAUAGUGGAAAGAAGCAGUGACGUGUCGUGUCGUCCAUCUUUAUACAGAGUCUGAGAGCAUACUGAGUUUCGCAAUAUACAAACGUAGAAUAAUGGCCUACUGUACCUGUAUUUAAUAUAUUAAAUCUGAAAAAUGAAAACUGUAAUAAAAUGAUAUGCUAUAUUUCUUUGGUAUAAUUCACAAAAUGAUUUGAGAUUUUUUACAUUUUCCACUGCUUUGUCUUAUUUUGCAGCCAGUACAUUGUGUCAGUAUCUGUGCCAUCUGGAGUAAGGCUGGUGUUCCCAACAUCCCAAUGACACACAAAACCUUCCUACCCUCGAGUAAAGUAAUUUUUUUCAAUAAUCAAAGAACAUUUGGGGAUUUUUCAUUGACACUAUUGUAAUAUUUUUCAUUCUACAUCACAUUUUGAAUGAUUUUCUUUAUCUUGAUGAGCAUGACACUGUCAUUUUUAUUGAAGAAAAAAGUUCCUUAACAUGUGUUUUCUGCAGGACAUUAUUAUAAAGUGUCUUGUUGCCAAGAUCAAGCUCAUCCCCACUGACUCACGGUGCAGUGGGUCUGGUCCCAGUUGGUCUGACAUUAGCCUCAUUUUAACAGCAGGAACAAACAUGAUUGAUGCUUGUUGACCAUCACAUGAGAGUAGUAGCUAGUUCUGUGACAUUUGUUCUUCAGCUUAGGUUAAAACAAACAAAAUAUUUGUGAAAGUGAUCAUCAUUUCUCUUUCUGACCUCACAUUGGGAACUAUACAGGCCGAUGUCACGUGUCAAAAAUCUGGUCAUUGUUUUGUACUAUGAUAUGAUAUCACAUUGCAGACGUGUAGAUUUGACCCUGGACACUAGAAUCAGGUUUGUAUGAGGAAGAGGCUGAAUGACAGCUGUUGGUUUCUGACUGAUAUUAAGGGAACAUCUUCUGUCUUACAUGAUGUAAAUAAAAAAAACACAAGUAUCUUUAAUAAGGAAGAAA